AUGAGCACUUGUCAUCCUGGAGCAAUUGAAUGGACUACUGUUAAUUACCAAAACCUUUUGCCAUUGGUCAGCAGCCUGCUUUUCUGCAAUGGUCUUUUUUAUUGUUCGAGUAUUUCAGGUUUGUUGGGGGUUUAUAACCCUAAUGAAAGUUCUUGGGAUGUUCAUUCUGCUCCUCCAGCCAGAUGUCCUAAUGCUUUUUGUGUCAACAAUUGGUGGAAAGGAAGAUUUAUCGCUGAGCAUAACGGGGAAAUUUUCGUUAUAUACACUUGUUCUGAUUUAAACCCAGUGGUAUACAAGUUAGACCAAACAAAUAAAGUAUGGACAGAUAUGGAAACUUUAGAAGGCUCGACACUGUUUGCAAGUAUCUUGUCAUCCCAAGCAAGGAUGGAUCUCAAUGGAUGA